CAAAAUUGAAGAAACAAUGGCGAUGAAGAGCAGGAUACUGAUAGUAGGAGUGACGGGAAAUCUAGGGUUUGAACUCGCCAGAGCCAGUCUCGAUUCGUCGUACCCCACAUUUGGCCUUGUCAGAGACUCAGCUUUCUCUGACCCAAACAAAUCCAAAAAGCUUGAAAUUCUCUCCCAUGGCGGUGCCACUUUUCUCAAAGGUUCAUUGCAAGAUGAGGCGAGGCUUGUUGAAGCAAUCAAGCAAGUCGACGUUGUGAUUUGCGCCGUCAAUUCAAAGCAGGUCCUCGACCAGAGGCUUCUCAUUGCAGCCAUUAAAUGCGCUGGUUGCGUUAAGAGGUUCAUUCCAGCAGAAUUUGGAUCUGAUCCUGACAAGACUCGGAUAUCUGACUUGGACAACAACUUCUAUUCUAGAAAAGCUGAGAUUCGACGCCUUAUAGAAGCUGAAGGAAUUCCACACACCUAUAUCUCCUGCAACUUCUACAUGAGCUACCUCCUUCCAGCAUUGGUUCAACCUGGCCUAAAAGCCCCGCCAAGGGACAAAGUCACGGUAUUUGGGGAUGGAAGUGUUAAAGGGGUCUUUGUUAAAGAAAGUGAUGUUGCUGCCUUUACCAUCAGUGCUGUUGAUGACCCACAUACACUGAAUAAGGUGCUAUAUCUGAGGCCCCCAGGAAAUGUUUACUCAAUAAAUGAGCUAGUUGAGAUUUGGGAGAGUAAGAUUGGGAAGAAGCUUGAGAAGAUAUACGUGUCAGAGGAAGAGUUUCUUAUGAAAAUUAGAGGUAUGUCAGUACUCAAAUAAUGUACACUACGAUUCUCGAAGUUGCACCGGUACUCUGCCAAUUUUAAGACACCAUCGAAGCAGUUGAAAUCCACUUAACAAAAUCUUUGGUCUCAGUUCAAAUGUCAUUAAGGCACGCACUCACUAAUAUCUCUUGCUUGAAAUUAGAAAAUCGCUGUCAGAAAAUAAGGACAGUUUUUUUUUGCAUUUCCAUUUGAUUUUUUGGUGGGGUUAGACUUCAUAGAAUUCAAAAUGUCAUGAAAAAGAAAAGGUUAUAUUUCACUUUUUAUAUAUAUAAUUGGGAUAACCCGUGCCGGAAGGCACGAUGCAAUUCAAAAAAAAUCAAGUAUUGAAUUUGGGCAUGAAAUAAUUAAGUAUUGAGUUGGGACAUGUACUAAGCU